CCUCUCCUCCGUCUCUAAAUGGAAUUAGUGGAGCUCGGAGCCUCUGGUGUAACGCACAGACAUGAUCCAUGGACGCAGUUUGUUCCACAUUGUAGCAAGUUUAAUCAUCCUCCAUUUGUCUGGGGCAACCAAGAAAGGAACAGAAAAGCAAACCACCUCAGAAACACAGAAGUCAGUACAGUGUGGAACUUGGACAAAACAUGCCGAGGGAGGGAUCUUCACCUCUCCCAACUAUCCCAGCAAGUACCCCCCUGACCGGGAGUGCAUCUACAUCAUAGAAGCUGCCCCAAGACAAUGCAUUGAACUUUACUUUGAUGAAAAGUACUCUAUUGAGCCAUCUUGGGAGUGCAAAUUUGAUCAUAUUGAAGUUCGAGAUGGACCUUUUGGCUUUUCUCCAAUAAUUGGACGUUUCUGUGGACAACAAAAUCCACCGGUAAUAAAAUCCAGUGGAAGAUUUCUAUGGAUUAAAUUUUUUGCUGAUGGAGAGCUGGAAUCUAUGGGAUUUUCAGCUCGAUAUAAUUUCACACCUGAUCCCGACUUUAAGGACCUUGGAGUUUUGAAACCAUUACCAGUUCCAUUUUUGUGUGUGUGUUUGGCAUUUUGUUAUUUAGUGUGUGAGUUUGAGAUGGGCGGUCCUGAAGGAAUUGUGGAGUCCAUACAAAUUAUGAAGGAAGGCAAAGCUUCUGCUAGUGAGGCCGUUGAUUGCAAGUGGUAUAUCCGGGCACCUCCACGAUCCAAGAUUUACUUACGAUUCUUGGACUAUGAAAUGCAGAAUUCGAACGAAUGCAAGAGGAACUUCGUGGCUGUGUAUGACGGGAGCAGUUCGGUGGAGGACUUGAAAGCCAAGUUCUGCAGCACAGUGGCCAACGACGUCAUGCUACGCACGGGGCUCGGGGUGGUCCGCAUGUGGGCAGAUGAGGGCAGUCGCAACAGCCGCUUCCAGAUGCUCUUCACAUCCUUUCAAGAACCUCCUUGUGAAGGCAAUACAUUCUUCUGCCACAGUAACAUGUGUAUUAAUAAUACACUGGUCUGCAAUGGACUCCAGAACUGUGUGUAUCCUUGGGACGAAAAUCAUUGCAAAGAAAAGAGGAAAACCAGCCUUCUGGACCAGCUGACCAACACCAGCGGGACGGUGAUCGGCGUGACGUCCUGCAUCGUGAUCAUCCUGAUCAUCAUUUCUGUCAUCGUGCAGAUCAAACAGCCUCGUAAAAAGUACGUCCAGAGGAAAUCAGACUUCGACCAGACGGUUUUCCAGGAGGUGUUUGAGCCUCCUCAUUACGAGCUAUGUACUCUCAGAGGGACAGGAGCGACAGCUGACUUUGUGGACGUGGCAGAUGACCUUGAAAACUACCAUAAACUGCGGAGGUCAUCUUCCAAAUGCAUUCACGACCACCACUGUGGAUCCCAACUGUCCAGCACUAAAGGCAGCCGCAGUAACCUCAGCACAAGAGAUGCUUCUAUCUUGACCGAGAUGCCCGCACAGCCCAUCAAACCCCUCAUCCCGCCCAUGAACAGAAGGAACAUCCUCGUCAUGAAACACAACUACUCACAGGAUGCUGCAGAUGCCUGUGACAUAGACGAAAUCGAGGAGGUGCCGACUACCAGUCACAGGCUGUCCAGACACGAUAAAGCCGUCCAGCGGUUCUGCCUCAUUGGGUCUCUAAGCAAACAUGAAUCUGAAUACAACACAACUAGGGUCUAAAAAGAAAAUUCAAGAGAAGAACUAUUUAUACAAACAUGGGGACUAUGAAAAGAAAAUUCUAUAGCGAAUUGUGAAAAGUGGACAUAUUUCUAAAUUCAUUCCACUGCCUUUAUCCAAACAUAAGAAUUACAGACAUUUGUUAUUCCUUCGGCAAGACAUCCCCGCUGCACAAUGAUAUGUUCAUUUCGUAAUUUGGUUGCUGGCCACCAAGUGCUCCUUAGUUUUUAAAUACAUUUUAAGAUUUACUGGAAACUUGAAGAAGAAAUUAGUUCCUGAUUAAGACUACCCCAACUUUAUUUUUGCUGUCAGUUUCACUUUUGUUUCUAUGUUGUUUUAUGUCUUUGUUAUAUAAUUUUACAUUGUGUGAUAUGUGAAAAAAAAAAAAAACAUGAAUUUGGAUGAACCUUGUGUUACAUGUACAUUGUUUUCAUUAGAUAGACUGCUUGAGAAUAGUGCGUUCCUGAGUGAUUUUGAACAUGCUACAGUGAAAAGUGAAAAUGUGGACCAUGGAAACACCAGCUAGAGGUCUAUGGACUAUACACACCUAUUGUUAUAUGAUGGUUAAAUGCAGCAAAAAGUAAUGAGUAAAAUUACUAGAUUGCAAUAAGAAAAAAAAAUCUCAUUUUUGGCCUCUCCUAUAUACCCCUGAUUUCCUUUUUGUUUUAUAUCAAAAGAAAAUACUGAGUUUCAGAAAUAGUUUUUGAAAUAAGGUAUUUUGCCGUUCAUACCCUACAAUAGAAAUGUUUUUGAUUAAGCACUUAGCAAUAUGACUGUAUUGACAGUUUGAAAAAAUACCCUGCAUGUCAGUACUGGAUAUUUGAGUUGGGAAAAUAUCCUUUUUGUUAGACACAUUGUAAAAAGCAUGCAUUCUCAAAUAUUGCUGUUACUGUUCCAUUUCUUUUGGUCAUAUGCUUGCUACUUGUAACUUUUUAUAUAAAGAUAUAUAAAAUGUAUAAUAAUUUCCUAAAUUGAGUUAAGAGAAAUGUUUUCUUCUAUUAGAGUGAUAAAAAAAAAAACUGACUCUUAUAGGUACACAUUUUAUAUCAAUCUUCCCACCUUUCAGGAUAUAGGAUCUUCGUUAGUAUUGAAGUUUACUUCUCCAAAUAUUUGACUUCUAAAAGUUUAGGGAAUAUGUUCUCCUUUUAGAAUAGGAAGGUCUUUUUUUUAGAUGCUUUAAAAUCACAGGCUCUUUUAUGACCUAAAUUACAUCAUUCUCCAUUAUUCUUAUACUCAGGCACGAAUAUGACACCGGAGGGUUAGUGAUUAUGAUGUAUUUCACAUGAAUAAAGUAAAAUCCUAAAAUGUAUUUAAUUUGUGUUGAAUUGUAUACACACUCUAUAAAGUUUGAUUUAGUGAGUGGGUACUUUAAAAAUAUUGUAUAUAUAAUCGUUAAAAAAAUGAAAAAUCAGAAUUACUAUAAAUCUGCUUACCAACGUUUUCAAAACUACUGAAUUCUACAGGCUAAAAGAAUUCUGUUCUUCAACUAGCAUAGCAAUCUGGUCUACCACAAUUCAGACCUUGCAACUCAAGCAGGCUUUACAAACCAAACAGAUAAAUUACUGUUUUACAUCUCUGUCAGGAAUUCAGUUUCUUACAUUAAAAAACAAGUAAAUGAAAAAUAAAAUAAAUUUUUUAUAAUGGAGAAAUCAAAAAAUUAUCAAAACCUUGAAUACUCUAUAUUGAAAAAAUGUCAACCUACACAAAUAAUCACUUCCAAUGAAUUUGAUAAAGUGGGGAACUGAAAAAAUGUAUGAAACAUGAUGAAUACUAAUUAUUUUUUAAUGUCAUGUUACACAUCUUUAUACACAUUGCUUAUGAUAAAAUGUACCCUUUUUAUUUGGCUUGACUAAUUUAUUUAUUACCAUGCUUACUUUUAUGCCCUUUAAUUCAGAGUUAAUGCUCCAAAGAUUAUUUUUUAAGUGAUUAGUCAUAUUUUAUAUUGCUUUCACUAUUUAGAUAUCUUCAUAGGACUCCUUUCACUUUGAAUGAUAAUCUCAAAAAGUAUGGUAUAUAUGCCAAGACUUUUUAUUUAUAACAGCAAUAAAGAUAGGAAAAUAAAUUAGGUGACCAUUUCACCAUUCACUUGUCCUGUAGCUGCCCACAGACUUUCCAUCCCCUCCAAUUCCUCCUAAACAUACAGAUGAUCCUAUGCUUAAAAGAUAUUUAUACCAGAAAUGCACUAAUGGAGACUUUAAUAAAAACCCCACCAAACUAAACUAAGUAAAAUAAUAAGAAUGAGUAGCCCACAUGCAUUUAAUACGCAGCAUCUUCAUGGGAAAAUGAAAACAUUUCAAAUGAAGAAUAGACCUCCUCAGUGGUAAUACUAGAAUUAUUUAGCAACAUGUAGGCACUGACUCAUCAGAAAAGAAGAUAGUGAGGAUGUCGAGACAAUGUCCGGGAGUCAUGCUAUUUUCCGGCAGCAGCUCUGGAUGCUGGAUCUUGGGAGUGCGGGCUUCAGCAGAGCUGGGAGAUGUUCUCUCCAGAGCCCUGGAGGUUCCUAUUUUAAAAACAGCAUUGAAAUUUAUCAAUAUAUUAAAAACUUCUAUUUAAUGGCUACAUCAGAUCUUAUCACCUGAAUUCAACCUUUGGCCAACAUUCGAAAGAGGGUGACAUAUGUAGAUAAGGAAUGAGAUGUUUCAAGAUGUGUAAGUCAAGUUAUUUUAAUAAAUAUUUUGUAUUUUUUUAUAAAGUGAAUUCAAAUAUUAACACAAGUACUUUAUUAAUUCAGUAAGUUGGUUUUAAAUAAUGUAUUGAGUUUAGUCUAUUAUGUUAAUUUGAUAAAGUUAUUUUUUAAAUUUUAUUUUUCUGUGUUUGAAUUCGCUUUUCAAAAUCAGUGGCAUAUCAUAAUUUACAAGCAUCACCUGUGAAGCGCUGAGUUAAGAUUUGUAUACUUCUGUCCAAGUGCACUUUAGUUGCCUACUUCAAAGUGUUCUGAUUUGGAAAUCUGAUUUUUGGUACCUGUUUUAAUACACAUGCCAAUUUUAUGUAUCACAUUGCAAAAUAGACACAUGUGAUGUUUGAUUUGCCAUAAUUAGCCUUGAUUUGUUAGAUAAUUAAAGUGGCUAUAAAUAUAAUUUGAGAUUAAUAUCAUUGGGCUAUUAAGGAAGAAAAACCCACAUUGUGGAGUUGCUGACUUUUCUGUUUCACAUUACUUUUUUUCUACUAAAAAUAUUCCAAUGAGUCUAAUUCACUCCAUCAGCUAUGAUUCUCAGUGGUUAAUAUAUUUAGGUCUUUGGCAUUACUUGACUAUUCAUGCAAGGUACUGCAUCAACUUUUUCCAUAUUUUUCCCUUAGGAAUUUAAUUUGGAUUUUCCUCAAGUUUUAUAGCCUUUAUUUUUUUUUUUUAAAAAAAUCCAAAUCCAUGAAUGGGUUUUCGUUAACCUCAGUAUAUCAUAAUAAAUUAGAAAAUGUGAUCCUGCUUCCCAUUACCUUUAUUAACUUGAUGACAAAUAAUUUAUUGAGGUGUUGGCGGUGAAAUAAAUAAUACCAUCUUAUCAUGAAGUUUGUAUAUUUCAGUGAUGAAAAUGAGACGUGUCAGAUUCCAACUCUGGAGGGAGAUUAUAUAAAUAAAACCUUUAAAAUUCUCUGAACUCCAGAUGCAUAUGAUUUGAAAAGUGGGUUUUGGUUUUGUCUAACUAUACUGAAGUGAGUUAGCUUCUGUGCUAUUUAUCUCUGUGGACCUUUUCCUCCAUUGGCUCAUUUCUGUCCGUCACAGUCUGGCACGAAAGAUCCAGCCAAAAAAUUGUGAAAUAGAUGAAAAAUAAAAGAAACAGACGAGUUAAUUAUUAUUCUCUUAUCCAUUUGAUUAGUAUUUCCCAUGCUCCUCUUAAAUGUUGAAUAAAGUAGCAAAAUAAAAAGUCUGUUAAAAUAGAGAUAUGCUUUUAUAAAUAAUCCUGUUCAAUAAAUCCAGUGCCCUUUGUUAAUUUAGAAAUAUCCUGAUUCAUUUCAUUAAUGAAUUUGCUUAAAUCAUACUACAAAUUUCUCUUAGUUAUAUCAUCGAAAUGAAUCAAACAGGGUAAUAAAAAUAACAGAUACAGGUGACUGAUGUCAGACAUUCAUAACAAUUCAUUAUUUUCCUCGUAGCCUCUGGUUCUGUACUCCCUUGUGUGUGUUAAAGAGGUAAAUGCUUUCUUAACAUGCCUCUAGUUCCUCAGAGGUAGGAAACAAAACUCAGCCUGCUUCAGGCUUUUGUCAUUUUCUUGAGUUGGUUUCCACAAAGUCCAUAUUCCCAAGCUAGUAUGAUCAUAUAAUUAAACUGCCCCUCUAUAUCCAUAAUAAUUGUGCAGCCAAUGUGUUCUUUGUCCCGACUUCUACUAUCUUUCCAACCUCUGAGGCAUGCUAUUUUACAGUGUUUCAUUUUUGAAAAGUUGAUUUUUGUGCCCUCUCUCAGUGGUCACAGGUACUGACAGAAAGCUUAAAAGUGAACAGAAAGCACAGUGUAUAAAUUAUUUAAAAUAAAACAUUCCUUUUAUAUCACAUUAUAAAAUGUGUACUGUUUAUUCACUCUCCCAUUAAUUAAAUUCGAUGUCAAUAGAGCCAGCCUUUUCGAGCCUCUACAAUCUAU